AUGAAUUUAUCGACACAGCCGCAACAACACCAAUCUCAGCAUUCGUCCGGUACCAAUCAAAUGCAACAAGCAUCGCAUCAUCACCAACAGCUGCAGCUACCGCAGCAGCAAGCACAGCAGCAACAACAGCAACAGCAGCAGCAACAGCAUCAUCAUCAACAACAGCAACAGCUACCGCAGCCGAAUAAUAGCUAUCAGCUGUCUCUAACUCAGACCCUACCGACAAAUAACCCGUUGCUCUCGCAAAGUUCAUCUAGUCAUCAACAACUACCGUCGCAUCUAGGCCAUCAAUCGUCGUUUGCAAAUAACCACAUGCCGACGAUCCCACAACCUGCAUUAAUGGCGUCGAACUCCAUUCUCACGUUGGGCCCCUUCAAGCACCGGAAAGAUCUAACGAGAGAGUCGGUGAUUUCAACUUAUCAGAUCAUCGGCUACAUUGCCGCGGGGACAUACGGCAAAGUCUACAAGGCCAAAUUGCGGACAACGUCAAAUAAGAAAGAAGAGGAUAUCAGUCAUGACGGGAAAGCGGGGGAGCUGAGCCAUGGCACUGCCACGAGCAAAAAUGGCGAGAAUGGAGCUGCCAAUUCGAAUCACCAAGCUGACGAGAAAGCCGAUGUCUCGACGGCAAAAGACUAUCGACUGGACCAAACUGCCAACAACAAUGUGUCAUCAUCAUCAUCAUCGUCUGCUUCCUCUUCGGCGUUACCUCAGUUUUAUGCGAUCAAGAAGUUUAAAAGUGAUAGUCAACAUGCUGGAAGCAAUAUCAACAGCAACCUCAAUCUAGGAUCCAAGGGCAAGUCCAAUCACGACAUCAAUGGCUCUGAAGUUAUACAUUACACGGGUAUAAGUCAGAGUGCCAUUCGGGAAAUGUCACUAUGUCGAGAAUUGCACAAUAACAACAUCACCAAAUUGAUUGAUAUCAUCUUGGAGAAUAAGAGCAUUUACAUGAUUUUUGAAUUUUGCGAACACGACUUGCUCCAGAUUAUUCAUUACCAUUCGCAUCCUGAAGUCAAGCCUAUUCCUUUACAAACGGUGAAAUCGUUAACGUGGCAGAUUUUAAACGGAGUCACGUAUCUACACAAGAACUGGAUAUUCCACCGCGAUUUGAAACCAGCUAAUAUCAUGGUGACAUCGAAUGGGUGUGUCAAGAUUGGAGACUUGGGGUUGGCGCGCAAGUUCAACAACCCUUUGCAAAGCUUGUACACGGGAGACAAGGUCGUGGUGACCAUUUGGUAUCGUGCGCCAGAGUUGCUCUUGGGGACAAGACAUUACACGCCGGCGAUUGACUUGUGGGCCGUUGGCUGCAUCUUGGCUGAGCUUUUAUCGCUUCGGCCAAUAUUCAAGGGCGAGGAAGCCAAGAUCGACAUGAAUAACAAGAAACUGGUGCCGUUCCAAAAAAACCAGUUUCAGAAAAUCGUGGACAUUUUAGGCACGCCCAAUUUGAGCAAUUGGCCGCUGAUCAACAAAUACCCCGAGUACGCUAGCUUCACCCAAUCCAUCAAUAACAACUACUCGUCGAGCUUAUCGCAGUGGUACAAAAUGAUUGGCGGCGACAAUAAGCAAUGCUUGGAGCUUUUGUACGGGUUGUUGAAGUACGACCCGGAUGUCAGGUUGACUGCCGACCAAACGUUGGUGCAUCCCUUCUUUUUGGAGUUGCCCAAGGUCAACGAAAAUGCAUUUGACGGGUUAAAUUUGAAGUACCCGAACCGAAAGAUUUAUGUUGAUGAUAACGACAUGAAUAUAUUGGGGCAAGUUGGCGCCGGUGGUGGCGGUAUUGGCGGUGGUGCUGGCGGUAACGGGGUAGGAGGAGGAGGAAGUAAUGCUGGCAAGAGGGCAGGGUUUGACGAUGGCACAAGCGCGUCCAAGAGGAAACGGGUAUAA